AUGUCUGAAACUCAAAUGCAAACCGAUCUUCAGGGUGGCUUAGAAACAGCAGCAAGUAAAGACUGGCCCGGUCGGUGGUCUCACCUUUACAAAAUUUUAGAUCGACGUGGUCCCUUCGCUGAUCCAAGUUUUACUCCCGAUCACGGCGAUGAAAUCUUACUCAAUACUUGUAGAGUUCUCGUCAUUGGAGCUGGCGGUUUGGGCUGUGAAAUCCUUAAAAACUUGGCGCUCUCUGGUUUUAAGAAUAUUGAAGUGAUUGAUAUGGACACUAUUGAUGUUUCGAAUUUAAAUAGACAAUUUCUCUUUAGACCUUCCGACGUUGGUAAACCAAAAGCAAAAGUAGCUUCGGAAUUUAUCAUGAAACGUGUUCCUGGUGUAAAGGACGAUGAUUAUUAUCUUGGAUUUCAGCUUAUUAUUUGUGGCUUAGAUUCUGUUGAAGCGCGUAGAUGGAUAAACGCCACUCUCGUUAAUCUCGUCGAUGGUGAGCCGGAACGAAUUAGAGUAUUGGUUGACGGUGGAACAGAAGGUUUCAAGGGUCAAGCCAGAGUUAUUAUACCUACUAUAACUUCAUGUUAUGAGUGUUCUCUUGAUAUGCUAGGUAAACAGAGAACUUUCCCCAUCUGUACUAUUGCUAAUACACCAAGAUUACCUGAACAUUGUAUUGAAUGGGCUUCCGCCAUACAUUGGCCAAAAGAACGACCAGAUAUUAAAAUGGAUACGGAUGAUCCAAUUCAUAUACAAUGGUUAUAUGAGACAGCAUUGAAACGAGCCAAAGAAUUUAACAUUACUGGCGUUACUUAUUCACUCACUCAGGGUGUCGUAAAAAAUAUCAUCCCGGCAAUUGCUUCUACGAAUGCUAUCAUCGCAGCUUCAUGCUGUAACGAAGCAUUCAAACUUAUUACUACAUCGCAACCAUAUCUCAACAAUUACAUGAUGUAUACCGGCAAUGAAGGUUUGUACACUUAUACAUUUGAACAUCAAAAAAAGCCGGAUUGUCCUGUAUGUGGUAAUGAACGUGUUACAAUGGAGAUCAGCAUGGAAAUAACAGUUGAAGAUUUCAUCGAAUAUCUCAAGGAAAAACAAGACAUUCAACUUAAAAAACCAAGUUUAUCUCACGCCGUCACCAACGAAAAAAUUUAUUGGCAAUCGCCACCAAUUUUUGAAGAAAAGACCAGACCAAAUCUGGAAAGGAAGUUACUAGAAAUGGUGAAACAGGGAGACGAAAUAACUGUUACAGAUACUACCCUACCGAUUUCUCUACAAAUUGUUGUUUCUUACAUCUAA